GGGUAAAAAGAUAAAGAAGGAAGCAGAACCACCUCCUAAGGAUGUGUUUGACCCCUUAACAAUUGAAAGCAAAAAAGCAGCAACUGUGGUGUUAAUGCUUAAUUCUCCAGAAGAAGAAAUUUUGGCUAAAGCAUGUGAAGCCAUUUAUAGAUUUGCUUUAAAAGGUGAAGAAAAUAAAGCUACACUCCUUGAACUUGGAGCCGUGGAGCCCUUAACCAAACUGCUCACCCAUGAAGACAAAAUUGUAAGAAGAAAUGCUACUAUGAUAUUUGGAAUCCUGGCUUCUAACAAUGACGUUAAAAAACUGUUAAGGGAGUUAGAUGUCAUGAGUUCCGUCAUUGCUCAGCUUGCUCCAGAAGAAGAAGUGGUUAUCCAUGAGUUUGCCAGUCUUUGCCUGGCGAACAUGUCUGCAGAGUGUACCAGCAAAGUGCAAAUAUUUGAGCAUGGUGGGUUAGAGCCACUCAUCAGACUGCUGGCCAGUCCAGACCCUGACGUGAAGAAGAACUCUAUUGAGUGCAUUUACAACUUGGUCCAGGAUUUUCAGUGUCGAGCUACAGUUCAAGAACUAAAUGCAGUCCCCCCUAUAUUAGAUCUCUUGAAGUCAGAAUAUCCAAUUAUUCAAUUGUUGGCUCUCAAAACCUUAGGUGUUAUCACAAAUGAUAAGGAGGCACGGGUGAUGCUAAGGGACAAUCAAGGAAUGGACCACCUUAUUAAAAUCCUAGAAACUAAGGAAUUGAAUGACCUUCAUAUAGAAGCACUUUCCGUGAUCGCAAAUUGCCUUGAAGAUAUGGAUACUUUGGUGCUGAUUCAGCAGAUGGGGGGUCUUAAGAAGCUCCUGUCAUUUGCAGAAAACUCUACAAUUCCUGACAUUCAGAAGAACGCAGCAAAAGCAAUAACUAAAGCAGCUUAUGAUCCCGAAAAUAGAAAACUCUUUCACGAACAAGAGGUCGAGAAAUGCCUUGUAGCCCUUUUGGGUUCUGAAAAUGACGGAACGAAAAUUGCUGCCUCCCAGGCUAUUUCGGUGAUGUGUGAGAAUUCAGGCAGCAAAGACUUUUUCAAUAAUCAGGGGAUUCCACAGUUAAUUCAUUCGCUCAGGAGUGACAAUGAAGAAGUGAGGGAAGCCGCGGCCCUUGCCCUGGCUAAUCUGACCACAUGCAACACGGCAAAUGCAAAUGCUGCUGCUGAAGCCGAUGCAAUGGAUCCACUGAUAAGCAUCCUGUCGAGUAAACGAGACGGAGCCAUCGCCAGCGCCGCUACAGUAUUAGCGAACAUGGCGAUGCAGGAGCCCCUGCGGGUGAACAUGCAGAACCACGACGUCAUGCACGCGCUCAUCGGCCCGCUCCGCUCCUCCAACACGGUGGUGCAGAGCAAGGCGGCUCUCCUGGUGGCCGCAACCGCGUGCGACGUGGAGGCCCGGACAGAGUUAAGAAAUUCAGGUGGCCUGGGGCCGCUGGUGGAGCUCCUGCGCUCCAAGAAUGAUGAAGUGAGAAGGCACGCCAGCUGGGCCGUGAUGGUCUGCGCCAACGAUGAGCUGAUGGCUGUUGAAUUGUGCAAGCUUGGGGCUUUAGAGAUCCUUGAAGAAGUUAAUCUAUCAGUAAGUCGGAAAAAUAAAUUCAGUGAGGCAGCUUAUAACAAAUUGCUCAACAACUACCUGUCUCUGAAAUACAGCCUGACUGGCUAUUUGUCAUCAAGUAACAUAAUUGGUGAUGGAUUCUAUGACUACGGUCGGAUUAAUCCCGGCACCAAACUUUUGCCUUUGAAGGACCUCUGCUUACAAGAACCCAGUGAUCUACGUGCUGUACUCUUAGUUAACAGUAAAUCCGACAUUUCUCCACCUCCAUCUAUGGAAGAUAAGUCAUCAGAUAUCGGUUACGGACGGAGUAUUUCUUCCUCAUCAUCUUUAAGAAGAGCAAGCAAAGAAAAGGCAAAUGCCGGAUUUGGAUCCCCUACGGAAGACAGAUCAGAACCGACUUCUGGACGAAAUACGGCUCUUAGCAAAUUUGCCAUUAAAGAGAAAGGAUCAAGGAAAGGCCGAGGGAAAAAAGAAGAGGAAAAAGUGAAGGAGGAAGAAGAGGUUGCAGCAGUCCCCAAACUGAUCGGAGAAGGGAGCCCCGAUAAAGAAUGGUACCCUCCCUCCGACCUGGACUUCUGUGUUUAUGUAUAUGAAGUGACCAAGUCAAUAUUCCCCAUAACGAAUAUCAAGGAGCAGAUUGAGGCUCUCGCCAAGUAUGUGGCAGAAAAAAUGGGUGGUAAAGUUUCAAAAGAGAAACUACAUGAUUUCAGCUGGGAACUUCAUAUAAGUGAACUAAAAUUUCAACUUAAAUCCAAUGUUGUACCAAUUGGACUGAUCAAACAAGGAAUCUUCUACCAUCGAGCUUUGCUUUUCAAGGCGCUGGCUGAUAAAAUUGGCAUCGGCUGUUCUCUGGUUCGUGGGGAGUAUGGCAGAGCUUGGAAUGAAAUUAAGUUGAUGAAUGAAACUCAUAAGGGACUGAUUGGGGCUCUCCCUCCCCCUGAGGUGUAUAUCGUUGACCUCAUGUUCCAUCCAGGUGGGUUGAUGAAGUUAAAAAGUAAAGAAGCGGAUCUUUACAGAUAUCUCUAAACUACCAAAAGAACAAAAAGGGGUUCACACAAGAAAUGUAUUAUAUACACUUCCUAUGAAGUUCACCGAUUGAUUUUAUUUCUUUAAAUAAAAGUAUUAGAAAUGUUCUCUCUGUGUAGAAACGAGGACACUUGGAUUGAACUUGGUGGUGGAUCUGAUUUCAGGCUCUUGGCGAGAGUUCAGUCUGGUUAGAUCCUAUUACGCACACUGACCCUCAUGUAAAGUUUAUUAUUGUCAAAAUUAAUCCCUCCCACUAUUUCCUGAGGAGCCUCUGCCCUUUGGGGACCAUGUGGUAAAACACCCAGCUGCUGACCGCUGUUCCUGGGACAAUACCAUGGCCUCAUGCCUGUCAUGUCCAGAAGCUUCAGGAACACUAGGUUAAAUAAAUUCAAUAGUAUUUUAUGUCUUCAGUCACUAAGACUGACUAAGUGACUAAGUCACUAAGACUAUGUCUCGUCUCACUAAGUGAGAGUACUGAUAGUUUGAAUACCUAUAGAUCGAUUUUAGUAUUACAAAUUCUAAAAAUUUUUUGUUCCCACUAUAAAAAAAAGUAUUAUUAAGAAAAUCACUUAAUAUACGUCACUGAACUAAAAAUCUUUCUAAAACCUAUUCCCAUAAACUGUGUUUGUCUUUUGUCUUGUCUGUGUUUUACUUAAAUAUAUACCUCCAGUUAAAAACAAUUCUGAUUUGCUUUUACACAUUUUCAUGCUGGGCCAUGAAAUGAGUUGUUUGCAUUUGUGUAGGCUAAAAAUCCUUUUUUGGAAAAUUUUAGAUAAGGAAAGAGAGUAAAUCUUUGUAAGAAAUUGCAUUCUGAGUAUGGAGAGCAAAACAGGGAACAAACACACAUUUAAAAAGAUAAAUAAAA